AUGGGCAAACGCAUUGAUAGAGCUGUAACAAAACCUGAAACAAAACCUGAAAUAAAAAACAGAAAGAGUUCGCAGAUCAAUACAAUCGAAAUUCAAACAGAUAAUGCUCCCACUCCGAGACGAAAGCUCGCUCGGAAGCACAAUAUAGAGGAUACUCCAUUGAACGGCGAACCGGCCGCGAAAAGAAAUCGAUUAGAAAAUAGCACUGAUCGCAGAAGGAAAACAAGUGUCGCUGAAAAAGAAACAGGAGAAGAAGAGAAUACGAGAAGGAGGAGAACUUUAAAACACGGAGAGGUCGCCCCACCACAGUGUUCUUUUUGUAAAGAAGAGCAAAAAUCAGAGGAUGAAGAAUUGUUGGCAUGUACAACAUGCAAGGCUUAUUACCAUCCAGGAAAGUGUCUCCGUUACAAAGAUGAAUUGAAGACUAAUAUUCGGAAAUUGAAGGAGUGGUUCUGUCCGAGAUGUGUCCUGUGUUCUUCCUGUGAACGAUUCAUCAGUGAUCCAUCAAAUGUCGAGUGCUCAGUCUGUUGCCGAGCAUGGCACGGGACGUGUGCUCCGAAAGGACACUAUCCAUCGAUCGAUUUCGAUUCAGCAUGGUAUUGUGGUGCGUGUUGUCGAUCGAGAAACUUCCGAAUUUACGACUCACCCCCACCAACACCAAGCCGACCCGGACCGAAGGGACGGAAAAGUCGGGCUCCACCGGUAGAAGAUUCAUUGCGUUUCGAUUGUGAUGUUGAUGAAUUGACGGAUCUAAUCAAUAGAAGAGAUUCCACAAUGGAUGCGUUGAACAUCGAGAAUGGACUUUCGAAAUCAGCUACUCCGAGCCCUCUCUCCUCAACACAAAACAACAAACAAGAUGAGAAACCGAGAAUGAAUGGAAAAACUGAUAAUUCGUGUAAGAAGAAGAACGCAAAAAUUCCCCUUGUUCUAAAGGAAGAUUCUGAUUUAUACGACGGAUCCAGAAAAGUGGCAUACUCUAGCAAACCAAGUUCCAGUGUCGUCCCGACCGGCCAACUCCUUCAUUUUGGAACUGGAAAGGUAUGCAAAGCGAUCUACGCUUCUGCAUACGAAGAGCCUCUUCACUCCGCUCCGAACCUCUAUUCGUGCAAGUUCUGUCUCCACACCACGCACUUGAAAGAGAAUUUGGUAAUUCAUUGGGAUCACUGUACUGCCAAGCAUCCACCUGGCAACGAAAUCUAUCGUGAUGAUGGUCUCGCGUUUUUCGAAGUUGAUGGAGCUGUUCAGAAGAAAUAUUGUCAGGAUUUGUGUCUCAUUUCGAAACUCUUCAUCGCUUCAAAAACUUUAUAUGCUGAAGUGGAAACAUUCAUUUUCUAUGUUCUCUGUGAAAUAACGACGGAGGGAUAUGUGAUUGUUGGAUACUUUUCGAAGGAGAAAAACCCAUCGAAAAACAACAAUUUAUCGUGUCUUCUCGUGCUUCCGAUGGUUCAAAAGAUGGGUUAUGGACGUCUUCUGAUAGACAUGAGUUAUGAAUUAUCUCGUAUCGAACUCCGUGUUGGACAUCCGGAGCAUCCGCUAUCAGAUCUCGGAAUCUUGGCGUAUCGUGGCUACUGGCGAUCCAGUCUCCUCUGCUAUCUUCGCGAGCAUCGGAAAUUCGAUCGAGUCAAUAUCAAAGAUAUAAGUCUGGCCACUCGUAUUACUCCCGUCGAUAUUGUGAACCAACUGAUGUUCGAUAAGUUGAUUACCCUGAAAGGAGGAGUUUAUACUCUAAAAACUGGAAAACGUGCACUGAAAUUCCCUCUAUCUCAGUGUCGACGUCGAUUCGUGGAUCCGAAGAAAAUCAUCUGGAGAGCGAGACCAACUAAAGAGUACCUUGACCCCACUAAGUGCAAUUCCUAUGUCUCUGUUUAA